GAGACGCCCCUGGAUGAACAAGCUGCUCGCAUGAAGAAGCUGCAGGAGCAAGAGAAGCGCCAGAAGGUUGAGUUCAGAAAGAGGAUGGAGCAAGAGGUAUCGCAGUUCAUCCAGGCCACUGGGGAGCCCCGGCGCCGGUUCCAGCCCAUGAACAAGAUUGAGAGGAGCAUCCUGCACGACGUGGCAGAGGUGGCCGGCCUGACAUCUUUCUCGUUUGGAGAUGAUGAGGAUAGUCGCUAUGUAAUGGUGUUCAAAAAGGAGUUUGCACCGUCGGACGAGGAGCUGGAGGCAUAUCGGCGUGGGGAAGAGUGGGAUCCGGCCCGAGCUGAAGAGCGGCGUCGCCUCCGGGAGCUGGCAGCGCAGCAGGAGGAGGCAGAGCUUGAGUGCAGCUCCACCCCUCCGGGUCCCCCCAAUGACUACAAGGACAAAUAUCGGCAUCUGAUCGGCUCUGAUGCUGCCAAAGCUGCUGCCCGCACCAUGGAGGCCAACAAGGCAUACGGCUGCGUGCCAGUCGCCAACAAGCGGGACACGCGCUCCAUCGAAGAGGCCAUGAACGAGAUCCGGGCCAAGAAGCGGCUGCGGCAGGCAGAGGAUGAGGGUGGGGCCGGGGGGGGUCCUGGGGG